AUGGGUAUAUGGAUAAUUGAAGGGUACGAUAGGACGGGAUGGAUGGGAGAUAGAGAGGCUGAGUAUGAUAUUAGUUAUAAACCUCCAGUUUCCAUUACGCAUUUGUAUUCUCAUUGUUAUUGUUGGUACGAGAAGGAUACGGAAGACGUAGCACCCACGGAUUAUGUAGGUCCUUUGAUGGAGAUGUGUUGGGACGAAAUGAAGUUGGUGGAUGGUAGGGGGUUGGGAGGUAGGAGGUUAGAGAUGGAGUGUGAGGAGGUGAGGAGGUGA